GAGCGGAAAAAAUAAGAAAAAUAGAGAUAAGCUAACAAUAACUCAUUGUGCUGGGACAAAAGCAUUCAGUCGCAUUAGAUAUGAAAAUCAAAAUCCUGAGACUGGAGAGGAGCUGAGCCGUAUUGACAUGUUCAAGCUGACAAGAUUUAGGGAAAACAAGAAAACAUGGGUUGGGGAUGUCGCGGAAAAUGCUUAUGGUGAGAUGACAAAACUGAAAAAUCCUGAGCAACCAAAUGAAGAGUCAGAAAAAGCAAUGUCUGAUGAUGAGAUAUAUGAUAAAGUUCUUUCCACAAUUGUUGGUCCACCUCCGUUAGGCUACAUACGUGGUUUAGGAGCAGGUCCUAAGCCUAAAAAUUCAAAGGUCUCCAAUAAUCAUUCACAACUUCAGGAGGCUACACGGAGGGCAGAUGAGGCAGAAAGAAGAUCUACCCAACUUGAAGAGGAGUUGGAGGCAAUGAAGGCUAGUGCAGCUCAACAAAAUGAAGAAUUAGAGGCAGUGAAGGCUAGUGCAGCUCAACAAAAUGAACAGUUAGAAGCAGUUAAAGCAAAGCAGAAUGAGACGGACGCUCUUUUGAAAAAAUUGCUGGAACAAUUUUCCUCUAGGAAAUAAAGGUAUGUAGUAUCAUGUUUAUUAAUUUAAGAUGUUGGUUUAUGAAUAACACAACAUGGUUUGUUCAAAAAAAAGAAUAACACAAUUAAGGUUAUUAAGAAGUGAAUAAUUAUAUUCCAGUACCAUUGUUGUAUGAAUUUUUUUUUUUUUACAAUCAAAUGUUAGUUUACUUACUUGCUGCAUAUUUCUUUUUGUUA